AUGUCUAGCGAGCCUUUACUCAGUAGCAUCUCCCAAACCCAUUCUGUUGGCGUUAAUCAACAAAACUUUCAAUCAUUCAACGACCUCGUCCGCCUCGGCGGGUUUCCUGUCACCCAGGGGAUCCAGAGGAUUUCCAAGGUUCAGGUUUGGGGCAGAGACCGCGUCGAAGGGAUAGAGGUUACCUAUAUACUUAAGCCGGACCCCUUUCCCCAGGCCCCUCAUGUGCUCAUACAUGGACUCAAGAGUGGACAUGCCCACCCAGCCAUCCCAAUCAAUGGUAGGACUCGCCGCUGCUUUCUGUACUCGCUGCCUCCGCUUAUUGCUUUAUCCACAGAUCGCCAGUUCCUUGUAGGUGUUUACGGUCAACGAAACGCCGCCAACAACAUUGGUUCGAUUAGCUUUGUUAUUUUCGAAGAGGACAGUGGUAGAGUUGAAGUUCAGGGGCCUUUCGGUUCACCUCCUAAACCCGGUACAGCGUACGGAACAUUCGGGCCUAUAGUUGCCUUCGCUGGCACCGAAGAGAGUGCUUUUGGCCUGUGUGCUUUAUCCAUGAUCAAAAUUGAUUCACAUGCCAACUCUCUUCUCUGA